AUGGCAGGGGCCGGCAGUGUCACCCAGCCGCAGAGUGUUUCGUCUUUCGCUCAGGAGGCGGCUCACGUCUACCAGGAGUUGGAAGUAUUCCAAGCGCGGGCAAAGCAGUGCAUGGAGCUGGCCGCAGCACACGACGACGACCCGCCGCCUUCUGCCGUGGGCCCCAUGGAGGUCUUCCGAUCGCUUGCCGCAUCCGCUCCCAGUGGCGAGGUGACGCAGCGCAUUGCCGGCGUUCUUCAGCUUUUGGAAGACAUUGAGGGCCGAGAUGCGGAUCACUUUGCCAAGUAUGUGGCUUUGAUUGGGGACACGAUUGAGCAGCUUUUUGCGUUGUGUUAG